UGUCACUGUUGCACUGUGGUAGUGGGUUGGGGAGGGGGGGGGAGACCGGAAGUUCCGGUAGACGCACACCAUUCUUUCGAGUGAAGAGAACGUCAGAACUGCUGUCCUUUUUUCUUCUUACUACAGACCGACUCAGAUUAAGUCUGAGGCCGUUAACAUCAACAGUGAGGACAAACCCAACCUGCCUCUCCUUCCACACUGAGUCCAAACCUACAGCUACUGGGUCCUGAUUGUGACAGUGGAGCCCAGUUUGUACUGCAGGAUCCAGAGAUGGCAUCAGUGAAGCUGGAAGACUGCAGUCAAACACUGAAGCUGAAUGUCAUCAUUAAAGAUGAAGAAGAGGAGGAGAAGAUUGGAGACCAUGUUGAGACAUUCUCUUCAUCCAGAGAGCAACAGCAGGAAGGUCACAGAGCUAAGAGGUCUCACCACUGCCCACAUUGUGAGGAGAUAUUCCCAAUUCUAUCAAAGCUAAAAAAACACCUUAAAAUACACACAGGAGAGAAUCUGUAUCCCUGUACUGACUGUGGGAAGAGAUUCACGACAUCAAGGUCUCUGACAGUUCAUCAGAGAGUACACACAGGAGAGAAGCCUUACUCCUGCUCUGACUGCGGAAAGAGUUUCUCUCGAAUGGGCAACUUAAAAACACAUGAACGUAUACAUACAGGAGUGAAACCUUACCCCUGCUCUGUCUGUGGAAUGUGUUUCUCUAGACUAGGUGACUUAAAAACACAUGAACGUAUACAUACUGGAGUGAAGCCUUACUCCUGCUCUGAUUGUGACAAGAGUUUCUCUCGACUGGGCCACUUAAAAACACAUGAACGUAUACAUACAGGAGUGAAACCUUACUUCUGCUCUGACUGUGGAAAUAGUUUCUCUCGACUGGGAAACUUAAAAACACAUAAACGUAUACAUACAGGAGUGAAGCCUUACUCCUGCUCGUACUGUGGAAAGAGUUUCUCUCGACUGGGCGACUUAAAAACACAUGAACGAAUACAUACAGGAGUGAAUUCUUACUCCUGCUCUGAAUGUGGAAAGAGUUUCACUCGACUGGGCCACUUAAAAACACAUGAACGUAUACAUACAGGAGUGAAGCCUUACUCCUGCUUUGACUGUGGAAAGAGUUUCUCUCGACAGGAAAACUUAAGAAGACAUGAACGUAUACAUACAGGAGAGAAGCCUUACUCCUGCUCUGAUUGUGUAAAAUGCUUCACAACAUCAACUGACCUAAAAGUUCAUCAGAGAACACACACAGGAGAGAAGCCUUACCACUGAUCUGACUUACAGCUGAGCUAAAAGGGUCAUCGAGGAACACACACAGAAGAGAAGCCUUACUUCUGCUCUUAAUGUGGCAAGUGUUUCUCCAGAUUGGGCAAUGAAAAGACACAAAAACUGAUACACACUUGAGAGAAGCCUUAUCACUGCACUGACAGUGAGAGGAGAUUCUACAGAUUGGGCCAUUUAAAGACACCAUUGUAUACAUAAAGGAGAGAGUCCUUGUCAGUUCUCUCAGACCAGCUGAGAUUAGUCACUCAAUCACUUAAUUUUAAUUUAAUAAAAUAAUUGUCAACACUCUAUUGCAAUCCUAUUGUUUCUCACUGUGAGAACUGUGCAGAGGAAAGGGAGCGUUCUAGAAUGUUAGCCUUUCUUUACUUUACUGAUCAGUGUGCUCCAUGUCAGGUUGUGUGUUUUGUUAGCUUCUACUGUAAAGAUACUGAGAUCUUGGAUUUGCCCUUCAGGUUGAAUGUCCUCUGUGAGGCGUCUGAUGGUUGACUGGGUGGGACUGCUUCCCUCUACAGUUUUCUGUGAGAAUGAGCUGGUAGACACAACAUACACUGAGUGUACAAAACAUUAAGGACACCUGCUCUUUCCAUGACAGACUGACCAGGUGAACCCAGGUGGGCUAAGGAAUGAAAACACUGGACACUGGAAAAUUGGAAACCUAUUGCCUGGUCUGAUGAAUCCUGGUUCCUGCUGUUUCAUGCUGAUGGGAGGACUGGGGUAUGGAGGAAACCACGAGGACAUACAUCCAGUUGUGGAAAAAGUACCUAACUGUCAUACUGAGUGAAAAUAAUGAAACCUUAUUUAAAUCAUUUUUACUUAAGUACUUUACACCACUGCAUGCAUCCACUCCGUGUGUCAGCAUUGGAGGCUGGUGGUGUGAUGGUUGGGGUGUGUUUUCAGGACACACAUUGGGCCCCUUGAUAAAAGAUGAACAAUGUUUGAAUGCUACAGGAUAUCUAAAGAAUAUCAGGUGCCUCCCUUCACUGCAGCAGUGUAUCCAUCUGCAAAUAGAUUUAUUCAGCAGGAUUAUGCCACAAGGCUUGUCCAGGAAUGGUUCCAAUAACAUGACAGUGAAUUCAGUUUACUGCAGUGGCCUGACGAGUCACCAGAUCUCAAUCCAAUUGUUCAUCUGUGGGAGGAGAUAGAACAAGCUAUUCGGAGUAGAGAUCCACUCCCAGCCAACUUGACACAAUUGUGGGAAGCAUUGGAGUCAACAUGGGCCAUCAUCCCUGUGGAAUGCUCUCAACUCCUUGGCCAGUCUAUGCCCCAAUGAAUUGAGGGUGUUCUGAGGACAAGAGGGGGAAAUAUUAGGAAUGUGUUCCUAAUGUUUGUGCACUCAGUGUAUAUCAGAUAAAGAUGGUGUGAUCAGUUUUUAGCUUUAGUUUGGGUGGAUUAUUUUAUAUUACUAAACAACUUUUGUUUAAUGAUAAACAGGCUAUGAAUCAACUACUUGGGUUUAUGAAAUGGACUACUUGUAUUAUUUUAGUCAUUGAUGAUGAAUGUAUUUGAAUAACUGUAUUGAAGUUAAUUGAUCUGGCAGGUAGCCAGCGGUUAAGAGUGUUGGCCCAGUAACUGAAAAGUUGAUGGUUUGAAACCCGAGCCGACUAGGUGAAAAAUCUGUCAUUGUGCCCUUGAGCAAGGCAAUUAACUCUUAUUUGUCCUGUAAGUCGCUCUGGAUAAAAACAUCUGCUAAAUGACAAAAAUGUAAUGAAAAAUAAUGUUUGUACAUGAAUUCGUGCUGGGAAACCACUUUUUUCUCAUGUGUAUAAUAAAAUAAAAUGUUUUUGGUGAAAUACAACAUUACUGCUUUGGUUAUCCUGGCCAGAGGGACAGGACCAUAGUAGGCUAGAGCAGCUAAGUUAGUGUUAACGUUAGUUAGCAUGCAAGUAUCCAGGUAGAGUUGCUAAUGUUAGCCUAGAGAAAAUAGUUUGCGACAUUAACAGAAACUAAUAAUUCAUAUAUCAACCUUAUCAAAUUACAAACGUUUUCAAAAAUGUUGUUGCUUACAAUUAUCCUCGUGUCCUUGUUACCGUCUUGAGGAACAAAUGUCGGGUGAAUGAAUUGCUUUUUCUGCUUCUCACAGUUUUGAGGCACGACGGUUAUAAAUUGUAAUAAAUUCCGUUGUGAAAUUGUAAACUAAUUAUUUGAAAUUACAGGUUUUUACAUUUACAUUUAAUUAUUAUUAUUUAAUUUUUUUACAUUUUACAAUUACAUUUUUCAGUCAUUCUGUCUAUAUCAGAACAUCUAACAAUAUAUUCGGUUUUUUAACAUUUUAAAUCAAUAUAUUUUAUUAUAUUGUGUAUAUUAUGUUGUGUAUAUCAUUUCGGAGCAAGGCACCUAUUAAAGAUGUUAUAUCUGGAGUUUCGUUGGAUAUUGAGGUUCAUCGUCUUGAGCAGAAGAUUCCAGGAGUGGUUGGAGCACUAAACCCUGUAGUAGAUGGAAAGAAGGAAGAAAGUCUAUCAGUUUUACUGUUGUUUGAAGAAUGGUAUCUGCCUACUCCCGAGGUAAAGUUGGUUUUGUAUUCACACAUUCUGACAUUCAACAGAUAUUCGCCAAAAGCCAUUUGAAAUUGUAAAAAUCAAUAACUAAUUAAUUGAUUGUCACAGAAAUAUAAAAAUUCUAUAAAUGCUUAGCAUACUUUACAACCUUUGUUUUGAAUAAAAAAAUCCUGUUUUGAUUUGAUGAAAAUAUAUAAAAUCUUAAAUGCAAUUUUAAAGCUGUUUAAAUCAAAUAACUAAUUCACCCUUUAUCACAGAAUGAUCGAAAGAGAUAUGAUUAAUUCUAUAAAUAUCUAUCGUCUUUGUUCAACCUUUGUGUUGAAUGCAAAUUCCAGUUUAGAUUUGAUCGAAAUAUAUAAAAUCUAUAAGAUGCCUUUCUUGUAAUGUUUUAUACGUUUUUUUGCUAAUGUGUGCCUUUUUUACUAUACGAUUUAUAUUGGCUGAAUACUCAACGAUGAUGAACAUCUCAGUUAUGUGGGCUUCUAUCAGGGUUGUGGUCAUAUGCAUGUCAUUUAAAGUCAAUUUAGCAAAAAUCCAAUUCAAUUUGAAAAUGUUCCUAAUUGCAAAAGCAUGUAACAGAAUUCGGGUAUUCCAGAACUGUAAUUUACAUGUAAAUAAACAUAACCCUGUUUUAUGUUUUUAAUACUGAUGUUAGAACGCUCUGUGUGCCAGAGAUGGUACCAUUUAGCUUGUCUGGGGAUGACAAUGAAGGACUUCAACAAAGCCAAAAUAUAAAAGUAUUGUAAGGGGCCUCUUUGCUGUUAAAUUAGAGACGUAUAAAUAAAUGAUUGUUAACUACUUUAAAAUGUGGAACUGUUGCACUAAAAAUACAAACAUUGAUUUGGCAUACAAUUUAAGAUGGUAAACAUUGAUUUGACACACAAUUUAAGAUUGUAAACAUUGUACAACUUUAUGUAAACAUGAACUAACUUCAUAUAAAACAAAUUGCACUUUAAAUCAACAUUUAUUUUAAGUUAUUUUAAAUAAAUGCAUAUUCUCACAUUUUUCUGAGACAAAUUUUUUAAAUAUUUAUUUCACCUUUAUUUAACCAGGUAGGCUAGUUGAGAACACCUUUAUUUAACCAGGUAGGCCAGUUGAGAACACCUUUAUUUAACCAGGUAGGCUAGUUGAGAACAAGUUCUCAUUUGCAACUGCGACCUGGCUGAUCAAUCACUGAAUGAGUUGAUUUCUUCAUCUUGAAAUGCAAUAUUUGAGAUUUUAUGUAUUUCUAUCAAAUCAAAACUGGAAUUUCUACUCAAAGCAAAGGUUUUAAAAGUAUACUAGACAUUUAUAGAAUAAAUCAUACAUAGUUUGGCGUUUCUGUGACAAACGGUGAAUUAGUUAUUGAUUUAUACAGUUUUAUAUGACAUUUGAUAGAUUUAAUGCGAGACUUUUAUAGAAUAAACCAUAUCUAUUUUUGUUUCUGUGACAAUCAAUGAAUCAGUUGAUUUUGGCAAAUUAAUGUCUGAACAUAAAACCAACUUUACCGAGGUCUGCUUCCUCCUUGUGAUUUUUAAAACUUUAUUUAAGAAAAUAUUAUUAUUUACAAUGACGGCCUACUAAGGAACAGUGGGUUAACUGCCUUCUUCAGGGGCAGAAUGACAGAUUUUUACAUUGUCAAAUCAGGGAUUCGAGCCAGCAACCUUUCGGCUACUGGCCCAAAGCUCUAACUGUGGCUAAAUGAUGCUAGGAUAUAUGAAACUAAGUGUGAGCUAUUGUGAAUAAGCAACUGCAGUUAUGAAAUUGAUAAACGAAUGGCCAUGUUUCAAGUGUGUGCCGACGGAAUAUUUUUUGUAUUUAUUAGGAUCCGGAUUAGCCGCUGCAAAAGUAUCAGAAUUGUUCACUUCUCUCAUUGACUUGUCAAACCCAGGCUUGGUCCGCUUCACAAGCGUUCUCUGAAGUCUCGCGAUGUUACGUCUCUGGGUUGAGAAACUGGUAGUGGGGAACAGGAAGUUCCGCGCAGGCGCACAUCAUUCUUCAGAAUAAAGGAUACGCCAGAAUUGUGUAGUUAAGAUGACAACUUCUGUGUCCGUUUCAAAUGAAUUACUACUGAUUAAGUCUGAGGCCGGUAACAUCAACAGUGAGGACAAACCCAGCCUGCCUCUCUCCUUCCACACUGAGUCCAAACCUACAGUCACUGGGUCCUGAUUGUGACAGUGGAGCCCAGUUGGCACUGCAGGAUCCAGCGAUGGCAUCAGUGAAGCUGGAAGACUGCAGUCAAACACUGGAGCUGAAUGUCAACAUUAAAGAUGAAGAAGAGGAGGAGAAGAUUGGGAAAUCUGUUAAUCAUGGAGACCAUGUUGAGACAUUCUCUACAUCCAGAGAGCAACAGCAGGAAGAUCACAGAGCUAAGAGGUCUCACCACUGCCCACAUUGUGAGGAGAUUUUCCCACUUCCAUCAAAACUAAAAAUACACCUAAAAAUACACACAGGAGAAAAGCCUUACUCCUGCUCUGACUGUGGGGCGAGUUUCUCUCGACUGGGCACCUUAAAACAACAUGAACGUAUACACACAGGAGAGAAGCCUUACUCCUGCUCCGACUGUGUAAAAUGCUUUACAACAUCAACUGAGCUAAAAGUUCAUCAGAGAACACAUACAGGAGAGAAGCCUUACUCCUGCUCUGACUGUGGGGCGAGGUUCUCUCAACUAGGCAACUUAAAACAACAUGAACGUAUACACACAGGAGAGAAGCCUUACUCCUGCCCUGACUGUGUAAAAUGCUUCACAACAAUAACUGAGCUAAUAGUUCACCAAAGAACACACACAGGAGAGAAGCCUUACUCCUGCUCUGUCUGUGGGGCGAGUUUCUCUCGACUGGGCACCUUAAAACAACAUGAACGUAUACACACAGGAGAGAAGCCUUACUUCUGCUCUGACUGUGGAAAGAGUUUCUCUCAACUGGGCCACUUAAAAAGACAUGAACGUAUACAUACAGAAGUGAAACCUUACUCCUGCUCUGACUGUGUAAAAUGUUUCAAAACAUCAACUGAGCUAAAAGUUCAUCAUGGAACACACACAGGAGAGAAGCCUUACUCCUGCUCUGACUGUGUAAAAUGCUUUACAACAUCAACUGAGCUAAAAGUUCACCAAAGAACACACACAGGAGAGAAGCCUUACUUCUGCUCUGACUGUGGGGCAAGGUUCUCUCGACUGGGCACCUUAAAACAACAUGAACGUACACACACAGGAGUGAAGCCUUACUCCUGCUCUGACUGUGGAAAGAGUUUCUCUCGACUGGGUAACUUAAAACAACAUGAACGUAUGCACACAGGAGAGAAGCCUUACACCUGCUCUGACUGUGGGGCGAGUUUCUCUCAUCCGGGCACCUUAAAACAACAUGAACGUAUACACACAGGAGAGAAGCCUUACUCCUGCUCUGACUGUGUAAAAUGCUUCACAACAUCAAAUGAGCUAAUAGUUCAUCAAAGAACGCACACAGGAGAGAAGCCUUACUCCUGCUCUGACUGUGGAAAGAGUUUCUCUCAACUGGGUGACUUAAAAAGACAUGAACGUAUACACACAGGAGAGAAGCCUUUCUACUGCUCUGACUGUGGAGCGAGUUUCUCUCAUCCGGGCACCUUAAAACAACAUAAACGUAUACACACAGGAGAGAAGCCUUACUCCUGCUCUGACUGUGGGGUGAGUUUCUCUCGACUGGGCACCUUAAAACAACAUGAACGUAUACACACAGGAUAGAAGCCUUACUCCUGCUCUGACUGUGGAAAGAGUUUCUCUCAACUGGGUCAUUUCAAAAGACACCAAGGUAUACAUGAAGGAGAGAAGCCUCAUCAGUUCUCUCAGACCAGCUAAGAUUAGACACUCCACUUAAUUGUCAUGUCAUUAAAUAAUUGGCAACGUUGAAUUGGAUCAAAUGAAGAAAGCGUUAACUAUAGUAAACUAAACUAAAACUAUAGUUUUGGCAAGUCGGUUAGGACAUCUACUUUGUACACGACACAAGUCAUUUUUCCAGCAAUUGUUUACAGACAGAUUAUAUCACUUAUAAUUCACUGUAUUACAA